CACGUGGCAAAUUCGCUGACGACGGGUUUCAACUGCAUUGUCAUUUCUAGCGUCUCGACUUUAGCAUAACACAAUGUCCGACUCAGGCGGUGAUCAACCUUCCGGAGGCCCACGAACGCUAGACGGCCGACCGGCUGAAGCUUUGCCCGAGGGAUGGGGUCAGCCUGCGCGGAAAUCCGGAGCAGGCGCCUCAAGCACUGCUCGAACUGGAGGCAUCGCGACGUUGUUCAAUACCGGGAUCUCUGGCAAUCGACCAACUCCUGCUGAAGAUAGUGAUGACGAAGACGAUGGUCGACGUCGAGCGGAGGAGCUCUUUGCAGGUGGCGAAAGGAGUGGCUUGGCGGUGACGAAUCCUGAUCAACCGGGCGACCGUUCCAACGACGUGGUGAAGAACAUUCUCAAGCAGGCGAAAGAGGGCGGAGUUCACGAAACCAAAGCAAAGGAACGAAAGCCAUUUACAGGUUCUGGCAAUCGACUCGGGUCAGAAGAUGAUCCUGAGCCUGAACAGCCUGAACAGCCUGAACCGCCUCAAAGUGGAUCUUCCGGGAUGAGCGGUCUCCUCGCAGGCAUGUUUGGUCGUGGCGCUGGCGGACCUCCACCUCCGCCUGACGACGAUGACGACGAGGAAGAGACUCAAGUUCGUCGCUUGACGUUUUGGAGCGAUGGAUUUUCGAUUGAAGAUGGACCUCUGCUCCCUUACGAUACGCCAGAGAAUAAAGAUCUGCUCGCCGCUAUACAAGCUGGUCGAGCACCUCCUUCCGUCUUCAAUGUUGGAUGGAACCAACCUCUUCGCGUGGAAGUGGCCAAUCGGCAAAACACACCGUAUCAGGCCCCACCCAAGAAGCCCAUGCAGGCUUUCUCAGGCGGUGGCCAGCGUCUCGGAUCGCCCGCACCAGAAGUCGUCAGUGGAGCAACGACUCCAAACGUGCCAGGUGGCUUGGGCUCAGGCGCCACAUCGAAUUCAUCGACGCAGGCCCCAAGCUUUUCCUUGGACUCGUCAAAGCCUACCACUAGCGUUCAAGUGCGCCUUGCAGACGGUACAAGGCUCGUAGCCAAGGUGAAUCUCACCCACACGGUGGCGGAUCUGCGAAGCUUUGUCGCAGCCGCUCGACCUGACGCCCGCCCGUUCAUUCUUCAAACAACGUUUCCUUCGAAGGAACUCUCAGACCAUGCCCAGACGGUGGAAGAAGCCAAGCUGCAGAAUGCUGUGGUCGUACAGCGAUUCACGUAGAGAUCACAAAUGU